AUGGGUGUCAGCAGUGGGCAGACGGGGAAGCCAAAGUACACAUCCCUAGCUAAGGCUGGCUCCUCGGGCCACGCCGAGCCCCCGCGAAGGUCCUCGGGCAGGCUCGUCAUGCACAGCAUGGCUAUGUUCGGUCGGGAAUUUUGCUACGCUGUGGAAGCUGCUUACGUGACUCCGGUGCUGCUCAGCGUGGGCCUGCCCAAAAGUCUCUACAGUGUGGUGUGGCUCAUCAGCCCCAUCCUGGGCUUCAUGCUGCAGCCCAUCGUAGGGUCAGCCAGCGACCACUGUCGCUCCAGAUGGGGCAAACGGAGACCCUACAUCUUGGCCCUGGGCAUCAUGAUGCUGCUGGGCAUGGCCUUAUACCUCAACGGGGAGACCGUCGUUUCCGCUGUACUCCCUAAGCCAAGCAAAAAAUUGACCGUUUGGGCUGUAAGCAUCACCAUGAUAGGAGUAGUGCUCUUUGACUUUGCUGCUGACUUUAUUGAUGGCCCCAUCAAAGCUUAUUUAUUUGAUGUUUGCUCCUACCAGGAUAAAGAGAAGGGUCUCCAUUACCACGCACUCUUCACAGGCUUUGGAGGUGCUCUCGGUUACCUAUUGGGUGCUAUAGACUGGGGACAUUUGGAACUGGGAAGAUUGCUGGGCACAGAAUUUCAGGUCAUGUUCUUCUUCUCAGCUCUCGUGUUUACCAUCUGUCUUAUCAUACACUUGUGUAGCAUCCCUGAAGCACCUCUCUGUGAUAACCAAGAAGACAACACAUGGCAGCACAACCCCCAUGGCCCUCUGUUGAUGCAAAAUGGAGGCUCUGACUAUGGUUCUCUAGAGAGGGUCAAAAAUGGUUAUAUGAAAGCAGAACAGACUGAACCAGCUACAGCAAAACAGGGAGAAGUCACGGAAAACACUGAGAAUCAGACUCAAAUCAAGAUGACCAUGAGGUCUUUGCUGAAGGCCAUUCUGAGCAUGCCUCCUCAUUACCGCUAUCUCUGUGUCAGCCACCUCAUUGGAUGGACAGCUUUCCUUUCCAACAUGCUCUUCUUCACGGAUUUCAUGGGACAGAUUGUGUACCAUGGCGAUCCUUAUGCUCCACACAACUCUACCAGUUUUAUCAUCUAUGAAAGAGGAGUGGAAGUUGGAUGCUGGGGCUUGUGCAUCAAUUCCGUGUUUUCCUCAUUGUAUUCUUAUUUUCAGAAAGUUCUAUUAUCCUAUGUGGGAUUAAAAGGCCUUUACAUUAUGGGGUAUCUGCUCUUUGGCUUGGGGACCGGAUUUAUUGGAUUGUUCCCCAACGUAUAUUCCACUCUGGUCCUGUGUGCCCUCUUUGGAGUGAUGUCUAGUACUCUGUACACUGUGCCCUUCAACCUUAUGGCUGAAUAUCAUCAUGAGGAUGAGAGGCAACAGGCCACAGGGAUGACCCCCCGUGGCUGCAGAGGGAGAGGAAUCGACUGUGCAGCCUUGACCUGCAUGGUGCAGCUGGCUCAGAUCCUGGUUGGAGUAGGCCUGGGAGUCUUGGUCACCUCUGCUGGGAGUGUGGUUGUGGUGGUGAUUGUGGCUUCUGCCGUGGCCUUAUUUGGCUGUUGUUUUGUGGCUCUCUUUGUUAGAUGUGUGGAAUAG